UGCAUCUCCAGUGGGACCCAGAUCUCGUGGAACGGGACUGCCACCUGCAAGGGUAAGCACAGCCCCGCAUCACCCUGACCCUGAGGUCCUGAGCUGGUGGCAGACCCUCCGUGACAUGGUCGUGCUUCAGCCCUACCUGGGUGACACUCCCGGAUCAGGAGACCUGGAUGCCUUGGCUUUCCCCCUGUCCUGGCAGUGCCGGGGCACUUUUUGUCUCGGCACCUUGCUGCUAUAAGCCCUGUGCCUUCAAAGAGUGCCUGGGCAUAUGGCCGAGGUGGUGGGAGUGGAAGGACCUCUGUGUGAAGGCUGGGGAGGAGCCCAGUCCCUGGUCAGCCUUACCCAAAUGGAGCCGGAGUGGGAAAGCCUACACCUCUGUAGGGAUGGAUGGGACUGCUCUUGGGGUGGCCCGCUGCCACCCUUAACUCUGCUCUAGGCUGCAAGAGAGGGAUUUGCAGUCAAAAGUGGCAACCAAAGGAGCUGGGCAGUGUCAAACUCAGGGCACUAGACCCCACAGCAGGCGCCUUCCCAUCCUGCUUACACCCGUAUCCUUCUCCUCUGUGCAGAGAGAUGCCAGCAGCCCCAGUGGGACUUGGGGCUCCACUUUACCCCAGAGCAGAGGUUUUACAGGUUCCAUGAAGAGGUGACACUGAGCUGCUUUAUGAAGGACCCUCCUCCCCUUGCUGUGAUCAGAUGUGCAAAUGGGACAUCUCCAGGUUGGAAGGAUGCUUGGGAGGUGAAGGACAUUCAGGGAACAUGGCAUGUGGUGGCAGAGAGCCUGACCUGCACCACAGGAAAGUGCCCAAAACCCCAGUGGGAUGAAAGACUUUGGUUUCCAUCAAACAAAAAAAAUUACCAACUGAAUGAAGAACUGACACUGACCUGCCCUGGAGAUCUCAAGCCAUCCUUCCCCAAGGUCAAAUGUGCAAGGGAAUUUCUGCAAGUGAGUUCUGGGAAACCAGUCUAUGGAGAUGCCUGGUGGGGCAGGAACAGCACAGGUGCCUGGACGCCCAUUGCGAAGGCUGUAGAGUGCAUUGAAACUUGCCAAAGGCCGUCGUGGGACCGAAGACUCCAGCUAGCACCAGACCAGGAGAAUUACAAGAAAAACAAGGAAGUGAUGCUGAGCUGUCCCAAGGGUUUCCAGCCAUCCUUCACCGAAAUCAAAUGUUCAGGCAAAGUUCAGCCCAUCAGUUACGGGAAUCCUGUAUACAGUGACCCAUGGUUGGGAAGGGACAUCACAGGCGAUUGGAUCCGCAUUCAGUCCAGUGUGGAGUGCAUUGAAACUUGCCAAAGGCCGUCGUGGGACCGAAGACUCCAGCUGGCACCAGACCAGGAGAAUUACAAGAAAAACAAGGAAGUGAUGCUGAGCUGUCCCGAGGGUUUCCAGCCAUCCUUCACCGAAAUCAAAUGUUCAGGCAAAGUUCAGCCCAUCAGUUAUGGGAAUCCUGUAUACAGUGACCCAUGGUUGGGAAGGGACAUCACGGGUGACUGGAUCCGCAUUCAGUCCAGCGUGCAGUGCAUCGAUGUCCUCCAGGUUGUCCCUGGGACCUUGGAGGUUUCCAGCACCAGCAUCAAACUGAACUGGACCUGCAGGCUCCCUGAUGCCUGCCAGCAGGUUCGGGCCAGGUGCCGGCUGGAAGAGCAUUCCUCCCUUCCCUGUAAGGCUGAGGAGGUGAAGGGAGAGGAGAUGCUCCAUGGCCAGGAGGGGACAUUUACCUGCCCCCCUCUGCAGCCCUUCACUGUCUACAGUGUCACCAUCUCACUGCUGCCCAGCACGAUCCUUUUCACACGGCUCCUCAGAACAAAGGAAACGGUGCCGGACAAACCGGAGAAGCUGUGGCUGGAUCCCAGCACAGGGUCCCUCAGGUGGAAGGCGCUGCCCUCCUGCAAGGGGGAGAUCGUCGGAUACCAGCUGAACAUCACGGCCAGGAGAGCACACGAUGGCAGCUUCCUUGAAUUCAGUCAGGUGUUGGUGAACCAGUCUGCCACUCAGUACACGCUGCCUCAUCAGACACCUGGGAGCAAAUACACAGUGACAGUGCAGGGCCUGACGGCAGCUGGUGCUGGGGCUGCAUCACGCCUGGAAUUUCGAACCUAUGUCUCAGACGUGAAGGCAGGGGAAGGCUAUGCCUCACUGCCUGUCCCUGCAGCAGCCAGGACAGCAGAGCCUGGACUCGCGUGUCUGCACGCAUGCACGCACCCGGUGAAUGCCAAGGGAUCCUGUGGUUUCUGCUGUCCAGAGCUCCAGCCCUAUGAGAACUUGGAUAAUUACUGCGUGAUCAAGGGGACUUUUCUGGCAGAGGAAGAUGCAGGUAAAGGUGGCCAGGCUGGAGAGCUGUUGCCCCAGCCCUUGCCUGUUCUGGAGUCCUCAGGAGGCAGUCAGAGCAGUGAGGGAAAGAAGAUGGGUCGGAUGUCCAACACUCGGUGCUGA